GUAAAAGGAACCAAGACAAUAUUUUUUCAGAAGCUUUAAAUUAAGCAAGAGUGAGAGAACAAUUCGAGUAAUGAACUGAAUAGAGGUUGAGUUUAAUAAAUAAUUCGGUAAUCUUGAGGUCAUUUUCACACCACGAGAAAUUGUUAUUUGUACUAUCACCUGACAUCAAAUUUAACAGCUGAAGAUCUUGAACUUUGUGAUAAGACUGUUUUCCGUGCAUUUCAAGAACACCAGUUUUCGUAUAUAAAAACUCCUGCCCCAGUUGAAUGAAUAGCAUUCAAUGUGAGUUUAGCGUGCGUAUAGCAUCAUGAUACGUUUUCUGAUAAUAAUUUGUGCGUUAUUAGGGAGUGCGCUGUGUAAUAAUUUGAAAUUUCUCCCAAAACCCAUAUCUGAUGGAAGAAUUGUGGGUGGUUAUGAAGUAAAUAUUGAAGACUUUCCCUUUCAAGUAUCGCUACAGUUAUCCAGAAGGCACAUCUGUGGUGGUUCUAUAAUAAGUGAACGAUACAUACUAACAGCUGCUCACUGUACAAGUGGGUCAAGUGCAAAUAAGUUCAGAGUACGAACAGGAUCCAGCUACCACGGAAAGGAAGGCAAUUACGCAAAGGUCAAGAAUAUUAUUGAGCAUCCAGACUACAACAGCGAAACAGUUGAUUAUGAUUUUUCGAUUGUGGAAUUAGAUAAACCUCUGAAAUUUAAUGAAAAGUGUAAUGCCAUCAAAUUACCGAGUCAAGAUGAAGAUGUGGAGGAUGAGACAUUACUUGUGGUAUCUGGAUGGGGAGAGACCCAAAAUACCAAUGAGACUAACGCAAAGCUACGAGCUGUUGUUGUACCCAAAGUUAAUCAAGAAAAUUGCAAUAAAGCUUACUCCGUAUAUGGCGGGAUAACAGACAGGAUGAUAUGUGCUGGAUUCGAGCAAGGUGGAAAGGAUGCAUGCCAAGGUGAGUAUUUCCGGUUAUUAUGUAUUUUGUGUUUGUAAACGCAUAUAUUUCAAUUAAAAAACUUUCUU